CUACGUAUUAUACUACAUAGCCGUGUGCUCGUGUAGUCGUGUAGUAAAAUAUUGUGUGGAUAAUCAUCAGGCAUAGUAAUUCGUUAUUCAUUAUUCUGUUAAAGUUGUAUAACACAGUAUGACAUGAUAUGGGUGAUGGGUUACGAAUGAAUGAAUUGAUCACAGUCUAAAAAAAAAAAAAAAUGCCGCCGAAACAAAGAAAAAUCGCCAUUAUGGGCUACCGUUCAGUCGGCAAGUCGUCGUUGAGUAUCCAAUUUGUUGAAGGUCAAUUUGUAGAUUCUUAUGAUCCAACAAUUGAAAACACGUUUGUGAAAACUACUAAAGUUAAUAAUCAAGAAUAUGACUUGAAAUUAGUCGAUACAGCCGGACAAGAUGAGUACUCCAUACUGCCAACACAGUAUUCUAUGGACAUUCAUGGAUAUGUCUUGGUCUAUAGUAUUACCUCACCCAAGUCUUUCGAAAUCAUUCAGAUAAUUUACGAUAAAUUAUUAGAUAUGACUGGCAAAGUACAUGUCCCUGUAGUAUUGGUAGGUAAUAAAAAAGAUUUGCAUAUGGACCGAGUUGUUACACAAGAAGAAGGAAAGAGGUUAGCAGAUUCUUGGAAAGCUGUAUUUCUUGAAGCUUCUGCCAAGCAGAACGAGGUAACAUCAAAGAAAUGUGUAGCUGAUAUAUUUCACACUAUGUUAAUGGAAAUCGAAAAAGCAAAUGGGAAUACUGUUCAAGAAAAUAACAAGUGUAGUAUAUCGUGAAAGUACAUAAUUGUUAAUUUUUUUUUUUUUUAUUUAUUUCCAAAAAUGUUAAUUUGUGUAAUUAAUGUGAAAUGAAUAUGAAAAAUACCAUUUGAAGCCAGAAAUGAUUGUUUAAUUUAGUCGCAUAUUUUAUAAGUAAUUUUUAAUUUAAAUGCAACUAAAAUAUAUAUUUAUAUAUUUUCUUCUAUCUUUAUGCUAAACUAUUAUUUUACUUAAUAUAUUUUGUAACAUAUUA